CGCACGAGAAAUCCCGCAAAGGUGUUGCUACCCAAGUUGUCAGUGACGACAAUCUCAUUUGUCGUCUCGACUCAUCGAUCCGAACAGAAGCCAUCUCGCUGAUACAGUCAUAUCGCCCAACGAGGCCAAGGUGCCCUCUUCAGAGUCAAGAUGGCGUCUCGCUGGUUAAAGAAAGUCGAAUCCAAGGCCAAAAAGCUGUUGUCUCCUUCAGCUCCUUCACCAUCACCUUCGCCGACACCGUCUCAGCCUGCAUCUGAACCAGCAGCUCAACCAACAUCUCAGCCAGCGCCUUCCCCACCCACCUCGACAGAUUCCGAAACGUCGCCGCUGCCGAGUCUACAAGAGCGGCUUUGGAAUCAGGCCUACGACGAGCUCAAAGCGAGCGAGCCCAAACUGGUCGAAGCGUACGAGAAGAUCCUAUCAGUUGGACUUCACCGAAAGGACCCGAGCUCUGUUACUUGCGAAUCAACGGAAAACGAGAUAGAGGGGGCUCGUGAGACAAGAUGCCGCCAAAUGCAGCAGUUAGUCCGGGAUGGACUAGACCGGACGCAGAAAGCAGCGUCCAUCAAGCGAGGAAUCGAUGAAGGCUUGCAAGCAGUGCAAGCGGUGAGGGGUAUAGUGGACAAGUCGGUUCAUGCCGCUCCGGAAGCCGCCGUCGCCUGGGUAGGCGUCUGCCUUGGACUAGAGAUCCUUUCGAACCCUGUCACUGAGUCACGCGACAAUCGCAAAGGCAUCGUCUACGUCCUGUCGAGAAUGGAGUGGUACUGGAACUUGGUGACCCUGCUUCUCGACGAGAACAAGGCCGAGCAAUCUUCCGCGGGUCUGCGAGUCCAACUGGAGAAGCACGUCGUGCAGCUAUACGAGAAACUUUUGUCGUAUCAGAUACAGAGCAUCUGCCUUUACCACCGGAACUGGGCUGCCGUCAUUGGAAGGGAUAUGUUCAAACUCGAUGACUGGGCUGGCCAGCUCAGCGAGAUCCAGGAAGCCGAGGCUGCCGUGCAAAGAGACAUGGAACAAUACAAUACUGAAGAGAGCAAGAUGCAGCUUCGAAAACUCACCGACGCCGCAGGCGCUAUAGAGAUGAAUCUCCAAGACAUCCAUUCGGCCAUUGAGGACCAAACACGGCAGCAGGAGAGAAGACACCAAGACGACAGGGACAAGCAAUGCCUGAAAGACCUACGCGAGACCGACCCUCGCGACGACAAGACGCGCAUCCAAGAUACAAAGGGCGGCCUGCUCAGGGACGCUUACCGCUGGAUCCUCGACAACGACGACUUCCAGCGAUGGCGUGUCGAUUCGCGGAGCCAGCUGCUCUGGAUCAAAGGAGACCCUGGCAAGGGCAAGACGAUGCUGCUAUGCGGCAUCAUCGACGAGCUGGAGAAGGAGCCCCGCACUUGCCUGUCCUAUUUCUUCUGCCAAGCCACCGAGGCACGACUGAGUAAUGCGACGGCCGUGCUGCGCGGUCUAAUUUACCUUCUCGUCGAACAACAACCGUCGCUCAUCUCGCAUGUUCGGAAGAAGCAUGACCAUGCGGGUAAGCAGCUUUUUGAAGACGGGAAUGCCUGGGAAGCCUUAUCCAAGAUCCUUGCGGCCAUGCUCAAUGACCCAAGCUUGGAUGGCGCGAUCCUGGUUGUUGAUGCCCUCGACGAAUGCAAAACGAAUCGACAUCAGCUCCUUGACUUGAUUGCCAAGCCUUCUCGCGUAAAGUGGAUCGUGUCUAGUCGCGACUGGCCGGACAUUGAGGAUAAACUGGACAAUUUGGAGCAGAAAGUCAGGCUGCACCUCGAGUUGAACAAGGACUCUAUCUCCAAGGCUGUUGAUACGUACAUUGGAUACGAGGUGGAUCGAUUAGCACGCCGCAAGAAAUACGACAAGGAAACAAGGGACGCUGUCGAGACCUACUUAACCUCCAAUGCCGACGGCACUUUUCUCUGGGUCGCCUUGGUCUGUCAAGAGCUCGCAGAUCCCAAGGUCCGAAAACGGCAUACGCCCAACACGUUGAAGUCAUUCCCUCCGGGACUUGAUUCGCUCUAUAACCGAAUGAUUGGGCAUAUAGGUGAUUCGAAGGAUGCGGGCCUUUGCAGGGAAGUCUUAGCCACUGCUUCGGCCGUAUACCGACCUAUCACCUUGGGCGAGUUGAAGGUUCUUGUUGAGUCACUCGAGGAUCUCGACCGGGACGACUUGGAAGAAAUCAUCAGAUCCUGCGGUUCUUUCCUGACUCUUCGAGAAGGCGUCAUCUACUUUGUGCAUCAAUCAGCCAAGGAUUUCCUGCUUAACAAGGCAUCUGACCAAAUCCUACCCUCUGGCGCCGGGCAACAGCAUCAUGCCAUCUUCUCGAGGUCGCUGGAGGCUCUCUCGGAGACUCUCAAACGUGACGUUUAUGAACUGGGCACUCUAGGAUUUCCCAUCGAUCAGGUCUCGCCGCCCGACCCUGACCCAUUGGCCUCGAUACGAUAUUCAUGCGUCUUUUGGGUAGACCAUCUCGAUGACUCGGAACGCCAGGCGAAGAUAAGUGACAAGGAUCUAGAGGACGCGGGGAUCGUCCAUGACUUCCUUCAAAAGAAGUAUCUCUAUUGGUUAGAAUCUCUCAGCCUGUUACGUAGCAUGUCGGAGGGGGUCGGGGAAGUACAGAAGCUCGAAGCCUUAGUAAAAAGCAAGGAAGCGCGACAACUAACGGAACUACUUCGGGACGCGCGUCGCUUUAUUCUUUCCCACAAGCGGGCCAUCGAGAUUGCUCCAUUACAGGUCUAUGCAUCAGCACUCGUGUUUAGUCCCACCCGCAGCCUAAUAAGAGAGCUCUUCGAAAAGGAAGAGCCGAACUGGAUCACGCUCAAGCCGAGCGUGGAAUCAGACUGGAAUGCAUGCCUACAGACGCUCGAGGGCCAUGGAGAUUGGGUGAGCUCGGUGGCCUUCUCGGCGGAUAACCAGCGGCUCGCCUCAGGCUCGCACGACAAGACGGUCAAGAUCUGGGAUGCAGCAACUGGCGCGUGCGUGCAGACGCUCGAGGGCCAUGGCGAUGGGGUGAGCUCGGUGGCCUUCUCAGCGGAUAGCCAGCGGCUCGCCUCAGGCUCGCACGACAAGACGGUCAAGAUCUGGGAUGCAGCAACGGGCGCGUGCGUGCAGACGCUCGAGGGCCAUGGCGAUGGGGUGAGCUCGGUGGCCUUCUCGGCGGAUGGCGAGCGGCUCGCCUCGGGCUCGGACGAUAACACGAUCAAGAUCUGGGAUGCAGCAACGGGCGCGUACGUGCAGACGCUCGAGGGCCCUGGCGAUUCGGUGAACUCGGUGGCCUUCUCUGCGGAUGGCCAGCGGCUCGCCUCAGGCUCGCACGACACGAUCAUGAUCUGGGAUGCAGCAACGGGCGCAUGCGUACAGACGCUCGAGGGCCAUAGCAGUUUGGUGUUCUCGGUGACCUUCUCGGCGGAUGGCCAGCGGCUCGCCUCAGGCUCGCACGACAAGACGGUCAAGAUCUGGGAUGCAGCAACUGGCGCGUGUGUGCAGACGCUCGAGGGCCAUUGCGAUUCGGUGUUCUCGGUGGCCUUCUCGGCGGAUGGCCAGCGGCUCGCCUCGGGCUCGGACUCGGACGACAAGACGAUCAAGAUCUGGGAUGCAGCAACUGGCGCGUGCGUGCAGACGCUCGAGGGCCAUGGCGAUUCGGUGAGCUCGGUGGCCUUCUCGGCGGAUGGCGAGCGGCUCGCCUCGGGCUCGGACGAUAACACGAUCAAGGUCUGGGAUGCAGCGAUGGGCGCGUGCGUGCAGACGCUCGAGGGCCAUGGAGAUGGGGUGAGCUCGCUAACCUUCUCGGCGGAUGGCCAGCGGCUCGCCUCGGGCUCGGACGAUAACACGAUCAAGGUCUGGGAUGCAGCGACGGGCGCGUGUGUGCAGACGCUCGAGGGCCAUAGCGGUAUGGUAAGCUCGCUAGCCUUCUCGGCGGAUGGCCAGCGGCUCGCCUUGGGUUCGGACAAUAAUACAAUCGAGACCUGGGAUACGGCAACGGGUGCGUGCGUGCAGAAGCUCGAGGGCCAUGGAGAUGGGGUGAGCUCGCUAACCUUCUCGGCGGAUGGCCAGCGGCUCGCCUCAGGCUCGGACGAUGGCACGGUUAAGGUCUGGGAUGCAGCGACGGGCGCGUGCGUGCAGACGCUCGAGGGCCAUGGAGAUUGGGUGAGCUCGGUGGCCUUCUCAGCGGAUGGCCAGCGGCUCGCCUCGAGCUCGUGGGAUAAGACGGUCAAGGUCUGGGAUGCAGCGACGGGCGCAUGCGUGCAGACGCUCGAGAUUGACCUGGUGGUUACUCACCUUUCAUUUGAUCCGAUGACAAACUCUCUCCUCUCUACCGACAUUAGAUUUCUGAACCUGGAUCUCCCGGCUCUACCGCCUGCCAUCGAUAAUCAGUCGACUGACGCCAUCUUAUGGGGUUUUUGCCACUCUGACUGGGGUAUAAGUACCGACGGUGUAUGGAUUGUAAAAGAUGGAAAGCGGAUGCUUUGGCUACCUCCAGACUAUCGAAUGAUGGCAAAGGCUCAGGUGGGAUCAACGGUCGCUAUCGGCUGCCGUUCAGGCCGUGUACUGGUGAUGAAGUUCUCUUAGAGCCGAGGCAGGCAUAAUUCCCUCAUUGGUUACAAGCAGCCCUUUUCCGGUUCUCAGUAGCGACCUACGUAGUUGGUUAUGUUUGAUUUGGAAGCAGGAAGCCCGGCUAAUAUCUAGCGUCGGGAGUCUCAUGAUCUAUAGAUUCUUUUAUAUUGGAAAGCAUCGGCUAUUCUAUAGAUAGAGUUUUCGUUUGGUUAAUGCUUUAUUUUACGUUGAGAUAGAGGCUGACGGCUGCGG